AUGGAAUCGCUGGCCGAGCAGACGUGGGAUGUCAUACUCCACGGCACUGGCCUGCAGCAGUCGCUGCUAGCCUUAGCCCUCUCGCGGUCCGGGAAGCAAAUCCUGCACCUCGAUCCCAACGAAUACUACGGCGGCCCCGAAGCCGCCUUCAGCCUACAGGAGAUCGAGGAAUGGGCAGCCGCCCACGCAGCCGCUGACCAUGUCGGUCCUGGGCGCGUUUUCUCGUCGGCGACCGUGACUAAGCCGGAGAUCACGGCCGGCUCUGGACCAUCGCUGUCCUUCCCGAGAGCGUAUUCCCUUGCUCUCGCGCCGCAGAUCAUUCACACCCGCUCCGAGCUGGUGAAACUGCUCGUAUCCUCCCGCGCCUUCCGGCAAAUCGAGUUCCUCGCGGUCGGGUCCUUUUUCAUAUACACCCCGGCGCCGAGCGGCUCCGCAGACGAAAAGCCAAGCAUCGUGCCGAUCCCCUCCAACCGCGAGGCCGUCUUCUCCACGACCGCCAUUCCCGCAAAAGCGAAGCGGUCGUUGAUGAAGUUCCUCAAGUUUGUCUUGGACUAUAAUGCAGAAGAGCAGCGGGCGACGUGGGCUCCGCACGCUGACAAGCCUCUGUCGGAGUUCCUGGCGUCCGACUUCAAGCUCGACCCUGCCCUGCAGACGUACAUUGUCACCUUGACCCUGAGCUUGGACGGGAAAAUCGGCACCAAGGACGGCCUGGCGGCUAUCCACAGACACCUGUCAUCCAUGGGCGCCUUUGGGCCCGGCUUCGCGGCGGUAUACCCUAAAUGGGGCGGUCUCUCAGAAAUUGCGCAGGUGGGCUGCCGUGCGUGUGCCGUCGGUGGCGCCGUCUACAUGCUGGGCACUGGUGUGAAAGCCACGCGCCUGCUUGAUGUGCAAGAAGACGGCGCCCGCUUCGAGCUCGACUUGACCAGCGACAUAACGGUGAAAUCCCGUACGCUCAUCCGCGGCGCCGAACAUGUCAUGUCCAAAAGCCAGCGUGUGAGCAGACUGACGGCUGUCGUCAACUCGCCACUUUCGUCUCUGUUCCAGGCCGUCGUUGAGGGGUCGCCCAUCCCUGCCGUGGCAGUCAUCGCUUUCCCGGCUACUUCUAUCAAGGAUGUCACCUCGCCGAACCCCAUCUAUGUCUUCGCUCACUCGAGCGAGACUGGCGAAUGCCCAUCUGGCCAAAGCGUCCUAUAUCUCGUUACACCAGAAGCUUCUGGCUCGGCCGAAGCCUUGGAAAAGGCUUUGGCGUCCUUGCUGCCUGUCCUUGGCGACAGUGAUCACCAGCCGCAGGCCAUGUACAAGGUCGCGUACCAGCAAGCCAAGGCCGCCCCCUCGGCCUCCGCGGACGCCUCGGAUGUUCUUCCAAGCCUGCCGUUUGACCUUGCUUUCAGCGACACGGCUCUGGAGCCAGUGAGAGAGGCUUGGACGAACGUCAUGGGCCAUGUGGCAGACGAUCCGGACAUCGAAUACAUGAAGUUUGAGGAUCGCGAGGGCGUGGAUGACGAUGAGGAUAGUUACGAGUAG